AUGAUAGUUAUCGGCUCUCCAAUAACUGGCAUUGAUACCGCCAUAUCGGCCAUCGAUGGCUGGGGGACUGCAAACGGGGGAGGCUUGAAGCCUACGUUCCCCACAUGUAUCGGCCCAGCAGCCCCAGCAAUUUCAUUCAAAGGGGAGAGAGACCAGAACCCUGGACAUGUCCCGCAUUUCGCUCUUCUUUCUGUGCGCCCUCCCCAGUCUACUGCGAACCCCCUCGACAUUCCUUUUUCUAGCCCUCCCCGAAUGCACUUUUCCACGACAAAGCUUGUGCUUGCGCGCAUCCUCGCCGAGGAGCUCUCUCGCUACGCGAGCUCGCCGCUGCCGGCAAGCGCGAUCACAGCCUGGGCGCAAAACUACAUAGCAGCCGGCCGCAACCCCAGCAAAUACCACUUCAGCAUCGCGCUGCGGCGGAUCCUGCAGACAACCCAGGCAUUGCGGUCCGUGGACGGCGCGCAGCUAUCCCAGCGACUCGCCAGCCACAGCGAGAUCGGCUCCGCCGUGUUCCUGCAGCACUCGGGCACGAUCUCGGUGCACCUGUCCAGGCCGUUUCUUUUGGCCCAGGCCGUUUCGGCCAGCCAGGCGGUCGAGCUGGGCCAGGCGGUCGGUGGAUUGGCCGGGCAGGCCGUGCGGAUAGUCAAAUGGAUAGACGACUUUGUCGAUGUGUCGCGGUAUCGCAGCGCACUAUCGGGCGAUACCAUGGCAAGGGUAUCGGUGGAGGUGGCCAAGCUGUCGGGUGCAGUGCAGGAGAACUACGAGGUGAUGCGCGGCCACCCAGAGGUGCCUGGCAUUGCAAAGGAGACCAGGCGGCUGGGCAAUAGGAUCUCGCAGCAGAGGUUUGCCAGCAAGCAUAUGCCGAGGCUUUUGACGGCGCUAAGGGAGCGCGGCCAUCUCCUGCAUGACCCGCGGCCGAACGUCCCGGCGCUGACGGUCUGCCUGAAUGGCAGGAUGCUGGGUAUUUCGGACGAGGCCGGGGAGCUGAGCUCGCUGGCCAUGGACGCCUGCGUCCUGUAUAUGCUGGUGCGGGAGCGGCCGGGGAGCGAGACGUGGCUGCACUAUGUGCCGGAUUCGCGGCGGUCAUUGCACUGGCAGAACGUGAUUGCUGUGGCGGGGCUGGCGGGCGCCCAAAACAUCACGCACCGGCUGUGCUCCGUCGGCCCGGUCGAGGUUUCGGCAUCUGUGGCAGCAGAGACGCUCACGGGCCGGCUGCUGGGGCGGCUGGGCGUGGCGGGCUGGCAGGACUCGAUCGAUGGCGUGGACGAGGAGGUGCAGCGGGCGGCCGUGCACUGCGCGAUGGCGGGCGCGGCCAACGCCAAACCAUUCACUUUGGAGUGCCUGGAGGGCCCGAGCGCUGGCGCCUUCCUGCAGUACAACCACGCCCGCCUGUGCCGCAUCCUGGCGCCGUUCCCCUGCCCGCCCGAGCAGUGGCUGCCCAUUGACAGCGCCCGCGUCAAUGCCCCCGAGGCCGACCUUCUGGCGCUUCUGGUGGCCCAGCUGCCCGAGAUCCUGCAGGACACGCUGUCGGGCAGGAGGCCCGAGGUGCUGAUGUACCACACGAACCGGCUCGCCCACGCUGUCUCCAAGGCCAUCCCCGUGCUGCGUAUCAAGGACAUGGAGCCGGCUGUUGCCAAUGAGCGCGUGCGGUUCUUUGCUGCGGUCCGAGCCGUGCUGGCCUGCACUCUGCGCCUGCUGGGCUGCAGUCCAGUCGACGAGAUGUAA